GAGAGAGACGAUGCCUUCCUCCUCCUCCGACACUCGCUCACGAGCCGCUCACUGGAUUUGAUCUGAUUUGCCGACAAUUCAUUUGUUCAAGUUUUUUCUUUCGACGGGACCGAGCGCAGGGUUUAGUUCGCAGCCAGAGGAUGCUCCCACGGGUCGUUCGGAUUCUGUAUGUCUUGUCUUUCUGCUUUUUCCAAGGAGGCUUUAUCAGACCGAGCUCCUGUAAGGAGGAGAUAAAGCCCCCCAGCAGGGCAGGACCACAGCUGUCGCCUUCUGACUUCCUGGACAAGCUCAUGGGGAGAACGUCUGGAUAUGAUGCUCGCAUCAGACCCAACUUCAAAGGUCCACCUGUGAAUGUCACCUGUAAUAUUUUCAUCAACAGCUUUGGGUCCAUCACAGAAACUACAAUGGACUACAGGCUCAAUGUAUUUCUACGGCAGAAAUGGAAUGACCCUCGUCUGGCCUACAGCGAAUACCCGGAUGACUCCCUUGAUCUGGACCCGUCCAUGUUGGACUCUAUCUGGAAGCCCGAUUUGUUCUUCGCAAACGAGAAAGGAGCCAAUUUCCACGAGGUCACCACUGAUAACAAGCUGCUACGGAUUUUCCAAGAUGGCAGCGUUCUGUAUAGCAUCAGGCUGACUCUUACCCUGUCCUGCCCUAUGGACUUGAAGAAUUUCCCAAUGGACAUUCAGACCUGUACCAUGCAGCUUGAAAGCUUUGGUUACACCAUGAAUGACUUGAUCUUUGAGUGGCUGUCGGAGAACCCUGUUCAGGUGGCGGAAGAUCUCACCCUCCCACAGUUUGUGCUAAAAGAGGAGAAUGAUUUGGGCUACUGCACCAAAUAUUAUAACACAGGUAAAUUCACCUGUAUUGAGGUGAAGUUCCAUCUGGAACGUCAAAUGGGCUACUACUUGAUCCAGAUGUACAUCCCUUCCCUCCUCAUUGUCAUCCUCUCAUGGGUCUCUUUCUGGAUAAACAUGGAUGCUGCACCCGCCAGAGUCGGCUUGGGCAUCACCACUGUGCUGACGAUGACCACGCAGAGCUCGGGUUCGAGAGCCUCGCUGCCCAAGGUGUCUUAUGUGAAGGCCAUCGACAUUUGGAUGGCGGUGUGUCUUCUGUUUGUGUUUGCGGCGCUGCUGGAGUACGCAGCAGUUAACUUUGUCUCCAGGCAACACAAGGAGUUCAUCAGGCUGAGGAAAAAGCAGCGGCAACAAAGGAUAGUCGCGGCCAUUCAGCCUGGGAGUGUUGAGUCGCUGCGGAAAGCAAAUGACAUCCCUGGUCACAACUCAACCCACAGGAAUCUGAAUCAGCACUGCAGCGCCUGUGCCAGGGAGGAGGAGCUGAUAAGGGAGAGCCGCGGCUUUUACUUCCGGGGCUACGGACUGGGUCACUGCCUGCAGAACAAGGAUGGUGGCGCCGUGGAAGCAGCCACUGUGUUCAGCCCGCCGCCCCCUCCUCCCCCCCCGGUCACGGUGUGCGAUGGAGACGCCAUUCACAAGCGUUUCGUGGACCGGGCCAAGCGCAUUGACACUAUAUCCAGAGCCGUCUUUCCCUUGAGCUUCCUCAUAUUCAACAUCUUCUACUGGAUCACCUACAAAGUGCUGCGACACGAGGACAUCCAUGCAAAGUUGUAAGGCGCUCUAUGCCAACCCCGAGGCGCUGCAUUUCUUUUUUUCCUCAGAACCAAAACUGCCUGUCAGAUCUACAUUACGAUGAGGAAAUGUGUCAAGAGGCAGAUCUGCUUCUCCAAUACCAAUGCUAAACACUCUGUGCUCAGGUGCGUCUCCGGGAUCUCAGACAAAGAGAGACUAAGAGGAUAAGGUUCAGCUCCAUGGAUUCAGGCUGGUGUGGUUUGUGAUUGCCCCCUCGUCUCUGUCUUGGUUUGAUUUGUGCGGAAUUACGGAACGGACGCAAGAGACACUGGUGGUGGUACUUGUGAAUUCAUGACGUUUGUUUGAGAGUUCAGAGAAGUCGAUGUUGAUCCUGGCUGGAUGAGAUAUACUGACUUGAAUUUUGACACUACGCAUCUCCGAAUGAAUGUUUUUGAAAACUAAAAAAAAAAAUUAAAAAAUCUUUUUUUCUUUUUACAAAUAUCAAAUGUGUACAAAUGGGUGUGGGGGGAAGGAAAUGGUCUUUAAUAUUUAUGAUUAUUCAAUAGGUGGUGGUCCUUCAGUUCAGCUACUUGUAACAAGAGAUUAUACAUAUAUAUAUAUAUAUAUAUAACUGUGAAUAAAGUGUAUAUACACAAAGCUGUUCAUUAAGCUGCACAAAGCACAAAUAUGUAUUUCCUUUUUCUCGAAAUUUAAAUAAAUUGUUAUUCUGCCAGGAAAUCUGAAUCGAUUCUGCUCCUCUUUACCUUGAAGAUUUGGUUGAUUAUUUUGAAAAACAACGCAUGCACAUAAAUGUUUGUUUUUUUGUAUAGCGUACUGGAAAUUCAGUCACCGAUGAACAGCAUCACACUUAUUUUUCUUCAGAACAGAUUGAGAAUGCUGUAGAUAUAAUAUAAGAAAUCACUUCACAUCAGUGGUACCAGCUCUUUGUUGAGUUAUUUAAAAUGAUUUCUUUUUUUUAAAUUCCUGGCUGUAAUUGUUAGCUGUGAAACCAAACACUUACAUAAUCAACCAGGGAGGAAAUGUGGCCAAAUUUGUUGAAGAAACUGGAAGAGCUGCCGCUCGUCAGCCGGUCUCAGGAGUGGUUUGAAGUUGUGGAAAUGCAGGGAUUGUGGUGGAAUGGGAGCAUCGUCAGCAAGGGAGGACGAAGACUUUCUUAAAUGGAAAAUCAGAGGCUUGUUUUAUCAACUAAUGAGUUUGAAAAGCGCUCGGUCUUCCUCUGCUAAUGACAAUGAAUUCAGGCAGGCAGCUGGAGCCGUCUGUCCUUUUGUCGGCAAUCCUAAUCAACUCUUCUGUAUUGUAUGGUUUCCCAGUUAAUGAAAGUGUGUGUG